AGUAUCGGAAGAAUGCGUCGUCAGCUUUCACUCAUCCUCGGGAUUGUCCUGUUGGGCUGUCUUCAAGAUUACGUGUCCAGUGCGUGUCCCAGAAUAUGUCCGCCGAGUGGCGAACCCGUUUGCGGUAGCGACGGUGUCAUAUACGCGUCGCAGUGUGAAAUGCGGAAGAAGAUGUGCGGAAAGGGCAUUACCGUGGCCACGGAGAAGACGGCUUGCCUGAGGUCAUCCGGUAGCAAGUGCGAGCAUCGCUGUCCGGGCGAUCAAGAUCCGGUAUGCGGCACCGAUGGGCGUACCUACCUGAACAAGUGUAUGCUCAGGGUAGAGAUCUGCCGAGUCGGAAUCGAGCUGUCUCAUCUUGGGCCCUGCAACAAUAUUUCGGCUCACAGGGAGAACUGUCCAGUCUCGUGCGAUUACGCGCCGCUCGACGGACCGGUUUGCGGAAGCGAUGGAAACGUUUACAAAUCUACGUGUCAGAUGAAGCUGCUUACUUGCGGCCAAGGCGUCGUGCGUACAAAUAAGAAGCACUGUCAGACCACAAGACAUUGUCGUGAAUCGUGCUGGCGUGGUGCCAAGCCUGCCUGCGGUAGCGACGGCAUUUUGUACUCGAACACCUGCAAAAUGCGGGCGAAAAAUUGCGGCAAGCACGUCUUUGAAGUGCCGAUGUCGUUCUGCGUAUCUCGAGAACGGACAUCCGGAAGCAACGCGUGUCCCUUGGAUUGCAAAGAUGAGCCGGAAGUAUCGGUUUGUGGAUCGGACGGAAAUAUAUACAGGAACGAGUGCGAGAUGCAAAUGCUAAACUGUGGGCAUGCAAGAAGAAAAAUAACGGUAGUAGACUUUGAGAAGUGUCGAUCCCGGCUAACGAAAUGCAUGAAGCAACAGCAGAGAUGCGGAAGCGAAGUAGAUCCGGUUUGCGGUAGUGACGCAAAUACCUAUACAAAUCAGUGCCAUUUGAACGUAGCGAUUUGCUUAAAGGGCAUUCAAUCAGCUCAUGUUGGCGAGUGCACGACCUUGAAAGAGAUCGAACACUGCCCUGAAGACUGUGCUGAAGUACCCGAGGAACCAGUUUGUGGAAGCGACGGCAACGUUUAUCGAUCUCUGUGCUAUCUACAACGUGAGACUUGCGGCCAGAGGGUAGUUCAAGUUCCGGCGCAACACUGUCGCACUACUGCCCUUUGCAACCAGAUUUGCAGCGGGGAGCGUCAGUUUGUUUGCGGUUCCGAUAACAAGCUUUAUCGAAACGAGUGCGAGAUGAAAAGGGACAAUUGCGGGAAACACGUAUAUGUGGUACCUAUGAAGAGGUGUGUCCAAGGUUUCUUGUUUCGUGGCUGUCAGAAGAUCUGUCCACCUUAUUACGACCCGGUUUGCGGCACCGAUGGCAUGACGUACAGCAAUGAGUGCUUCCUGGAGAUUGAAAACUGCCGCAGCAGGAGCCUUGUCACGAAAAAAUAUCAUGGAGUGUGCGGACAGCCGACAGAGGAGCCGAAAAAUUAUCUCUAUUAAGCUCGACUGAGCUGGCACGGUGACACCAGAAAGAGAGAGAGAGAGAGAGAGAAAGAGAAAGAGAAGAGAGAAAUUGAUCGACAAGAUAAUUUGACUUGUAUCUCUCAGAUUU